AACUGGGUGAUUGACGGAUGCUUCACACAGCGGCUGAGGAGCGUUCACAACAAAGGCGAGAGGCAGAUUUUUUUUUGUAUUUAGAGUCAACACAGUUUCAUCAGACAACCGUUAAAUUAUUCACGGUCAGAAAGAGACGAAAAAGACUGCCAUCGUUGUGACAUCUGGGUAAGAACCGCAUCAUGUUGGCUGUCUGCAGGCCCACAGGCUGAAGAGGUCUGAACGGUUGGAAGUGCUGGGAACGGAGAGAUGGGGAACACGGCCACAAAGUUUCGCAAGGCACUGAUCGGUGGAGAUGAGGUUUUGGCUUAUCAGCUGUACGAAGGCAACCCUCAGUUCAAAGAGUCACUAGAUCCCAACACCUCAUAUGGGGAACCUUACCAACACAACACUCCGCUCCAUUACGCUGCCAGACAUGCCAUGACACGCAUACUCAGGUCCUUUCUCUUCAGCAAGGAUGGGAACCCCAACAAGCGUAACUUGCACAAUGAGACGGCGCUGCAUGUUUUGUGCAUGGGGCCUCACAUCAUGCUGUCAGAGGGGGCGCUGCAGCCACGCCUGGCCCGGCCCUAUGAAGAUGAGCGCAGACGGGCUGAGUGCCUACAGAUGAUUCUGAAAUGGACCGGCGCCAAACUGGACCACGGUGAAUACGAAAGUGCGGACAUCUGCGCCAGUGAUAACAAGAAAAACACGCCGCUGCACUAUUCUGCUGCCUCAGGGAUGAAGACGUGUGUGGAGUUUCUGGUGAAGCGUGGUGCAGACCUGUUUGCGGAGAAUGAGAAUAAGGAGACCCCAUGUGACUGUGCAGAGAGGCAACACCAUAAGGAGCUUGCGCUCAAUCUGGAGUCUCAGAUGGUCUUCUCCACCGACCCGCACGCUGAGAAUAUUGAGGCAGAGUACGCAGCCUUAGACCGCAGGGAGUUUUAUGAAGGUUUGCGAGUGCAAGAUCUCAGAAGACUGAAGGACAUGCUGAUAGUAGAGACUGCAGACAUGUUGCAAGCUCCUCUCUUCACUGCUGAAGCUCUCCUCCGGGCUCAUGACUGGGAUAGGGAGAAGCUCCUGGAAGCUUGGAUGUCUAACGCUGAAGACUGCUGCCAGCGCUCUGGCGUUCAAAUGCCAACCCCUCCACCCAGAGGCUACAACACGUGGGACACCCUACCCUCACCCCGUACACCUCGAACCACCCGAUCAUCCAUCACCUCCCCGGAUGAGAUCAGCCUGACGCCCGCUGAUGAUGAUCGCUCCUUGUGCGGGAUUUGUAUGUGUGCAGCAUCUAUGUUCGAAGAGCCUGUUGAUAUUCCAUGCGGUCACGAGUUUUGCAGGGGAUGCUGGGAAAGCUUUUUGAAUCUGAAAAUCCAAGAGGGGGAGGCCCAUAACAUCUUUUGCCCAGCUUAUGACUGCUUCCAGCUGGUUCCUGUUGAGGUCAUUGAGAGCAUCGUGUCCAGAGAGAUGGACAAACGUUAUCUGCAGUUUGACAUCAAGGCAUUUGUUGAGAAUAAUCCUGCCAUCCGGUGGUGUCCACGGGCCGGCUGUGAUAGAGCGGUGCGUUUGGCUGGACAGGGGCCUGGUGCCAGUACCUCUGACCCGCUCAGCUUCCCUCACCUUCAGGCCCCUGCAGUGGAUUGUGGCAAGGGCCAUCUCUUCUGUUGGGAAUGUCAAGGAGAAGCCCAUGAACCCUGUGACUGCCAAACAUGGAAGAUGUGGCUUCAGAAGGUCACUGAUAUGAAACCAGAAGAGCUGGCAGGUGUAAGUGAGGCGUAUGAAGAUGCUGCCAACUGCCUGUGGUUACUCACCAACUCAAAACCCUGUGCCAACUGCAAAUCUCCCAUUCAGAAGAAUGAGGGCUGUAACCACAUGCAAUGUGCCAAGUGUAAGUAUGAUUUCUGCUGGAUCUGUCUGGAGGAGUGGAAGAAACACAGUUCCUCUACAGGAGGAUAUUACCGGUGCACGCGCUAUGAGGUCAUUCAGCAUGUGGAGGAACAGUCCAAGGAGAUGACCGUUGAGGCUGAGAAGAAACACAAAAACUUUCAGGAGCUGGAUCGCUUCAUGCACUAUUACACACGCUUUAAGAACCACGAACACAGCUACAAGCUUGAGGAACGGCUGCUUAAGACAGCCAAAGACAAGAUGGAACAGCUAAGCAAAGUUCUGAGUGGAAGAGAGGGAGGUCCUCCAGACACUACUUUCAUUGAAGAUGCAGUGCAUGAACUACUCAAGACCCGCCGCAUUCUCAAGUGCUCUUACCCUUACGGGUUCUAUCUGGAGCCCAAAAGCACAAAGAAGGAAAUAUAUGAACUUAUGCAGACUGACUUGGAAAUGGUGACUGAAGACCUUGCGCAAAAGGUCAACAGACCGUACCUCCGCACCCCCCGUCAUAAAAUCAUCCGCGCCGCAUGCUUGGUGCAGCAGAAACGGCAGGAGUUUCUGGCUUCUGUGGCGAGAGGCGUGGCCCCCAACGACUCACCCGAAGCCCCUCGACGCAGUUUUGCUGGUGGGACAUGGGACUGGGAGUACUUGGGUUUCGCCUCUCCAGAGGAGUAUGCCGAGUUCCAGUACAGACGCAGACACAGGCAACGCAGACGGGGAGACAUGGCCAGUCUGCGCAGCAACACACCCGAUCCCGAUGACCACGGCACUUUAGACACACAGGAAAUCGGCGGUGGUCAGAGACAAGGUUUGCCAAUGCCUCACGGCUCUCUGGAUGAGGAUGACCCGAAUAUUCUCUUGGCCAUCCAGCUGUCCCUGCAGGAGUCCGGUCUGGCUUUAGGCGGUGCUGGUGUUGAUGCUCAAGAGAUACUGGCCAAUGAGGCGUCUCUAGGGGCCAUUGGAACAUCCCUGCCCACGCGGCUGGAUUCGAUGCUGUGCGGUAUAGAUGUGCCCCGCGCUGCCCUAAGCAGCUCUGAGCUGUUGGAGGUGGGUGAUAGUUUGAAGAAGCUGGGAAAUAUCAGCGGCCAGAACGUUCCCCUGCGUUAUGACAAUCUUAGCAAUCCGACUCGUGAGUCCGCAGAGGGCACCUACCAACCUCUUUCGGGACGCCUGGAGUCUACUGACUUCAACACAGAGAGCGCCAACCUUCUGGGCAACAUCAUGGCUUGGUUUCAUGACAUGAACCCCCAGAAUAUCAAUUUGGUGCCCUCGGCGACGCAUCAAGAAUUCUCUGCUUCGGAGUGCACCGAUACGCAGUGGACAUCAGGGGGCGAUAGAGAGCAAGAGCGCGAGUACGGCGCCACAGAAGAACGUGAGCCUGUCAGGCCGACGCAGCUCGACCUGGUGGCUCACGACGUAUCUCCAGUACCUCCUUCGUCUGUCGAGUUAGGGGAAACUCCGAGCGGUUCCAACCCGUGUCACUCCGAUACCCCGAAAUGUGACUCUGACCCUGACCAGCCUAGCAGUAGCUCUUCUGAAUGGGAGGGUCAAGUGCAUCUUGUAUGAAAUACCGACCCUUCUUAUACGCUAAGCCACUUUUUCAUGUGAAGUAGUCGCUGGGGUUCAAACUCGAGGCGAGAUUAAUCACAACGAGAAAAGCUUUCGUGUCUAUUGUCUGAAGCCGAGUUCACAAAUUGGUCAGUACUCGUAACUAGUGUUCUUUGCUCACUAAAAAAAAACUCUUUCCAAUCGUAAAGUGUGAAACACUUUUGAAGAGUCAGCAACUGAACCACGUAAUAAAAAAGAGAGAGAAGUCCGUGAGGUAAUCUUACGCAGACAGCCAAUGCCGUAGGGCUUAAUCUGUAAUGAUGAGAAAAUAUCUACUGUAUAGUAAAGUCUUUAUCCGCAUAAAUGUUAGGAUGUAAAAGACACUGUAGGUGCCAAAAACACUGGCUAGCACACCCAGAGUUCACUAACGCCCAGUGGACGGUGUGCCGACUGUGCCUGCUGCUGAAGGGCUCGGUCGCCCUAUCCUUCCUUUAAACUAGACCUGUAGUGUUAAGAGACGCAUACAGAAGAGCGGGGCUGUUCUGUGCUGCCGAUCAUCACAGAAACUAAAUGUACGGUCGGUUGCGCAGUCUACUUCUUCAUUUUUUGGGUCAAAUGCAAUCACUGUAAUCCUUCAAUGGUAAAUUCGAAUGGAAAGUAUCGGUGAGGUUCGGCUCAUUUCAGGAGCGCCGCCGCACUGGCUCGGUUUUCUCUUUGCAACUAUCACAGUGCCUUUUCUGUGAAACUUCGCUUUAUUUAUAGCCACUCUCUUGCGCUCGGCGCCCAGUAUGUGGGAAGUUCAGAUAGACGGCGUUGGAUUAUCAGGUGGCAGUUACGCAAACUGAGCUUAAUUAAAAAAAAAAAACUUUUAUAUAUGUUGA